AUGGUAAAUCGGUUCUUUUUUUUAUGUCUAUAUGUUACAGCUGACAAACUUUUGGUUGAAUUUGCGUUAGAUGGUGGAGAAAGGUAUAGGGAAAAUUAUGGAAAAGGUGCUUCAGAAGCUGCUAAAUCAAAGUUACAUUUUGGCUUAGAUUUCUGCGCUGUUAAAUCUCUUGAAGAGUUUGCGUAUGUUUUAAGCUUUGCCGAGCAGUGUUGUGAUGUGUCAGUGUUUUCAGGUGCACGUUUUUUAAAAACGUGGGGUAUCUCUGGUAGAAGCAGCAACAUGCUGCCCAAUAGUAUCCUGUUUUGCCUAAGCACAUCGCUUCUAGCAUCGUUUUCUACUGCCUCAUAUGAUUUUGGUCAUGGAUCAGACACACAGGUGCCCACAUCAGAUCCAUAUUCAUCGGUAAAGUUAAAAGUAGCAGUUAAAUAUGCUGAAGUACCAAAACAAGAUCUGUACAUCUAUCCAAACGGUAUUGUUUCCUUCGAUGAUCCGCUUCCGUCUUCCGAUGUCGACUUGUAUCAAGAACAUCAAGAUGCGAUAGCUGUCUUCUAUUAUCCAGCGUCAAGAUGUACAGUUUAUCACAGGUAAUU